AGCGUUUCUAUUUUGCGUCGUAUUUACGAUUUUUGGUUAAAAUGAGCCACACGUUGAGGAGCCGGCAAUUAAACCCGUGCGACCCUUUGUUCUGGAAGUCCAGGGGUUACCCGGGGAGACCGGUGGACUGGCGAGAACGUCUGGAAGACAUGGGAUAUUACGAUGAUAACAGCACUGACGAAGAAAGCACAGAGUACGAGACCGAGUCUGAGUACGACAGUGAGUCGGAAGAUGAGAGUGAUUACGAGGACCACUGUCUCAGAAGCAACCAAAACAACCCCAACAACGACGAGUUCUGGCGUCUCAGAGGCUGGACUAGACGUCCGGACGACUGGCGAGAACGCAUUAGGAGCGUUUACGCAACACUAUGAAUUAAAAGUUUAAUUACACUUACGUUAGAAAUAAAAUAAAUACAAAAGUAGAAA